ACCCGACUGCUCUCAUUUGGCUCUCUGUCGCACGGGAAGAGAGGACUAAACCUGUGCUUGGGGAUUUAGACUUGAUUUUGGCAUUAUCAAAGUCACCGUGAACUACGGGGAAAAAAAUCUUAUGAUUGAAGACAAAGGAAGAAUAUCACUCUAAAGAAGCUUCAUCGGACGUAUCUUGCAACAGGCCCUGUUACAGUGCGUCUUAGAAACGACAACAUGACUGAAGUGAUGAACAUGGCGGACGUGUCAACAGACAUGACGCAUAUAAACAACACGAACGAUAUAGCUGAUGCUAAUGAUACAGAGAACACAAUCAAUGAUGAAAACCAUGAAGAGGAAACAUGUGAUGUGAGCAUGUCUGAAGAAGUGGAGAUAAAGAGUGCUGCAGAUGAAGCGAAGACGACCAGCUUACCAGAGAUGAAAGAGCCCAAACAGGACACAAAGACCACUGGCAGGACGAGAAAACGAGAGAGGGUUUCAAAAACGAAUGAGGAAAACAUCAACCAAGUGGAGCAAGAUGAAGAGGAGGAUGCAUCACAUGAUUUGACAAAUAUGUCAGAGGUGGCACUAAAACAAGAGAAACUGCUUAAAACAUCUAAGCCUGUACAGAGAAGUUAUGUUCCCAAGUUGGGGAAAGAAGAUGUGAAGAAUAAGUUUGAGGCCAUGCAGAAAGCUAGAGAAGAGAGAAACCAAAAGAGAAGUCAGGAGGAGCAAAAGAAACGCAGAGAGCAGUACGUUAAAGAGAGAGAGUAUGUUCGCAGGAAGCAAAUGAUAAAGGAACUCCUCGCCUCUAGUGAUGAAGAGGAAGAGGUGAAGCCGACGAAGAUAGAAAAAUCAUAUGUUCCUAAGAUUACAGGCAGUGUGAAGGGGAAGUUUGCAGAGAUGGAGAAACAAAGGCAGGAGGAGGAGCGGAAAAGGACAGAAGAGGAGAGAAAGAAGCGAGCUGCACAGGAGGCCAAAGAGAAGGCCAAGAUUCAGAGAGAGCUGGCCAAGAAAGCCGAGGAGGAAGGCGAUGACAGUCUAUUGGUACGAGUGGUGCCUGCAAAAUCACAAAAACAACCGGGAAAGAUCAAGAUCAACUUUGAGGACUUGGAGAAGAACAGAGAAGAGGAACUAAAAAAGCGAACUGAGGAGGAAAAGAAGAAGAGAUAUGACGAAAACCGGCGGUCUUUCCGAGAGGCCAAGCGUCGCUCCAUGAUUGAACAGGUGGACGAUGCAGAUUCUCCUACCAAGGAGAAGGAGCCGGUGACCCCUGGUAAACUGCAUCUGACCUUUGAAGAACAGGAGAAGGAGCGACAGGAGCAGCAGAGAAAACAGGCAGAGGAGGAGGCCCGACGCAGACUGGUGGAGGAAAGAAAAGCUUUUGAAGAGGCCAAGCUGGGCAUGGCCCAGGAUGAUGAGGAUACUCAGGAUACAAAGGAGGAGAAGGAAGAAUUCAGACCUGGUAAACUUCGUCUCAGCUUUGAAGAGCUGGAAAGACAGAGGCUGGAAGAGGAACAAAAGCGAGUGGAGGAAGAAAGGAAAAGACGCAUCGAAGAAGAGAGAAAGGCCUUUGCCGAGGCCAGAAAGAGCAUGGUUGUAAAUAGUGAUGAUGACAUCCCGCUGGCCAUGAUAAACUCAGAUGGGGCUAAACCCGGGAAGCUGGCCAUCAGCUUUGAGGAUUUAGAAAGACAGAGACGAGAAGAAGAGCAGAAAAGAAAAGAGGAAGAAGCCAAGCGGCGUCUGGAAGAAGAGAAAAGACUUUUUGCAGAAGCUCGCAAGAAUAUGAGCCCUGGACUGGAUCAGGAUAAUUUGACUGGAUAUGGAGAUACAGAAGUGCAGGAUGAUGAUGAAACCCUGGUAAGGACAGAGUCACAGGAAGCAAUGCACCCAGGGAAACUAGAAAUCAACUUUGAGGAGAUGCUGAAAAUGAAAGAGGAGGCAGAGCGGAAACGCAAGGAGGAGGCCAGACGCCAAAAAAUGGAGAUGGAGAAGAAAGAGUUUGAACAGUUGCGACAAGAGAUGGGCGAGGAUGAGAUCAAUGAAAGCUCUGAGGUGGUAAGCACCGAGUACGAAGAACUAACAAAGCUGAAGCGAACCGGCUCCAUCCAGGCCAAAAGCCUGAAAUCUAAGUUUGAGAAGAUCAAGCAGCUCACAGAGGAGGACAUCCAGAAGAAGAUCGAGGAGGAACGAGCAAGAAGGAAAGAAAUUGAUGAGAAAAUCAAGGAGAGAGAGGCAGAGCGCUGUCAGGAGGAUGAAGAUGAGGAUAAAACAACUCCAGCUAAAGCAGAAGAUGUCCCGUUCAGACAGAAAGUGGACAUGCGUGCGCGAUUUGAACAAAUGGCCAAGGCCAGAGAAGAAGAGCAAAAGAGGAAGAUUGAAGAGCAGAAGUUACAAAGGAUGCAAUUUGAACAACAGGAAAUUGACGCUGCUCUUCAAAAAAAAAAGGAAGAAGAGGAGGAGGAAGAGGGUAGCAUCAUUAAUGGCUCCGCCGCCUACGAGGAUGAAGAGGACCACGCCAGGUCGGGUGCUCCGUGGUUUAAAAAGCCCCUGAAGAACCAGUCGGUGGUCGACGCAGAGCCUGUGCGGUUCACAGUGAAGAUCACAGGAGAACCCAAACCAGAAGUCACCUGGUGGUUUGAAGGUGAGCUGCUGCCGGACUCUGAAGACUACCAGUACAUUGAGAGAGGGGAGACCUACUGCUUGUACUUGCCGGAAACGUUCCCCGAGGACGAAGGAGAGUACAUGUGCAAAGCCGUCAACAGCCGAGGAACUGCCGCCAGCACCUGCAUUCUCACGAUUGAAACUGAGGACUACUGAUGCUCUCCUUCUCUGGAACUUUCCCAAAAUUUUAUUUUUUCUUUUAUAAAAGUUCAUUUCUGAAGGUAGGGCCAAAAACCAAGGAGGUUUUUUUUUUUUUUUUGCCAUUCCUCCUGAAGAUAUGCUCAAUGAUGAAGUGCAAUCUGUUGUUUACAUUAGAUGCUGCACUCACAGUUAACAAAACAACAACAACAAAAAUCCAUAUUUGGGAUGAAUUUGUGCCAAAAACACAGAUACUAUUCCCAUGAUCUUCUAGCAUAAAUACAUAGCAUAGCUGAAAAAGAAAUCCAGUUGAGUAUGUACAAAAUACAGUCACCACGUCACUGAGGAAGGAUUUCACACCGUUGUAAUUGAAUGAAUGAGACGUUACUUGAGAGUUUGAUUCAGUAUCUGUAAAGGAGCUGUAGUUGCAUUUUCUUAGUUAAAUUCCUAUAAGCAUCUCUGUUCAGACUCAGAUGUUUUUUUUUUUUUCAUGUUUUGAUCUGAGUAUUUCAAGUUUUGAAUAAAAAUGUACACAUGGAGCUUUCAUAACCCCAGAUGUUUCUAUGUUAAAGUGUAGUGAGUAAAUGAAUGUAUGGACAGUGUAUGUAGGUUUAGCAAAAGGUGAUUUUAGGUUUUAGGCAGAAUAUUUGUGUAAUGUACAAAAUUAUAAUAAAAUUCAUGAAACUGAAGUGAUGUUGUCUGUUUUAUGAACUAACACCUUUAUUUAUGAUACUUUUCUUUGAAAUAAAGCCAUUAGUUAGAGAAGAGGCCUGACAGAUUCAUCUGAUUACAGUUUCAAAUAGAACAAAAUGCAUGAUUGUCUGUAAAUAUGCUAUUUUUUUUAGUUAUUACAUAAUGCAAACUGGUUUGAAAGCCUUCCUAAUUUGAAUGUAAGUAUAAUGAAAAUGUAUUCAAAUUCAACAAAAAACACAUAACCUUUAUUUUAACUAGAAAAACAAUGUUUCUCAAGACAUGUUAGCUUGACAAUAUAUAUAUAAAUACAUAUCUUGACAAAAAUAUAUAUAAAAAAUACAUAUAUCAAGUCUUUUAAAAGCUUGAAGGCUCUAAAUGUCAGAACAACAGACAAAACAUAAAUAAAAAUAGAAAAGCUCUGGUUUAAGUGCCAUUUUGCAAUAGACAAAGCUAAUUGUAUUAUGAAAUGUGUCCCUUGGCAAAUAAUUUUCCCUGUCUCAUAACAGACCACUCUUCUCAACCAGCUCAAAUGGACAUAUAUUGGAUUUUCAGUGAACAAACAAGACUCAUUGGAGACUUUUCUGCUAGACAUUUUCAGUGUCUUUUCAUAAAUUUGACCAUAUCUGACACAACUUUCCUUUUGCUACUUUGAUUAUCUUCCGGCUAAAUAGAUCAGUUCACUUUAAGAUGGAGAUAGGCUAUCUUGAUGGUUUAUUAUUCUAAAUUAUUACUAUAAUAUACAGCAGUCCUCUCCACACUUGUCACCUAAACAGAAUAUUCUCCAAACAGAAUACUACAAAAUAGUAUUUUGUACUCACUUUUGCCAACACAAACGCGUCAAAACUAUUUCCUUCUUUGCAAACUCUGUAACAGUAAUACAUGUUGCAUCCGUAGGGAGGCGCAGCUGUGUCAUUAAUCCACGCAACAAUGGUCUGCUGGUAACUAUAGCAACAAGGCAAAAAGCUAGACCGCUAGUUAGCAAGCCUCUGCAACUAUCCUUACCUCAUUUAUCCCCGGUCAGUUCAUAACACAUUAAAAUACCAUGCUGAAGAUGCAGUAACGGCGUGUAGAUGAAAAUAUGGCUUAUGCCGACCAACAGUAUUCGAUGUGU